AAGUUUUGACAAGUGCACACGUGAAUUCAUUCAACUCGCAACCCUAAGCACGCCUGGCAGAGGCUUACCACUUUUUUACUGCUACCCAAAUAUAAAUCAGAUUUGGGUCGUCUUUCGUCAUCUGUCUCAGAAGAGAUGAAUAACAGCACGGGAAAUAUUAGAUUUGUGUCAAAAGAUCUUCUGUUCAACACCCCUAAGAAAACCGACGCAGGACGAACAAAACCACCUUUAGAGGAGCCAAAAAGACCAAGAAAAUACAAUAAAAGGAAACCUAAGGUGGAAGCCUCUACCCCAAUUAGCUGCAGAAGAGUUAGGACAAAUUCAAGGCCUCAAAUUCGAAUGAACCAACCAGGGUUCAUGAAUCAGUACGAGAAUGGCUAUGCUUCCCUAAGAUACAAUGGAAUGCAAUACAUGCACAGGCACGAUAUUUAUCAAGGACAAAGAAUUGACACAUCGCAACUGAAAAUGCCGCAGAACUUUUAUAUGAAUUACCACUACAGUGCUACUAAUCAGUACUAUACCCCGCCUCGUCUACCCCAGUAUUACCCACCAUGUUCACCAUCAAUAGGGUCAGCAAUGGACAUAAAUUCACGUAUCAACGCACUGCGAGUUAUGCCUGAGUUUGGCUACAUAUUUGAAGAAACUGAAGAUUACAGGAAAGAGCUUGAGAGGCUUCUCACAAUUCAGCUCAACGAGGUUGCAGGUGAUCAAAUUCAAACCGCUCAAUUUUGGAGGAAUGACGAGCUAGAGGAAAUGCUGGGCUCCUAUGAAUUAGAUUCUUCAUCAGAGCUAACAUUUUGCACUGGGCCUGUAAAAGAAAUUUUAGAAACCGCAUAUAAUUAUGAGGAAUUAGAAAAGUGUUUAUGGUGAGUCAUUUUAUUACUGCGAUGUCCAAUAUGUUAAAGUGGACAUCACCAGUUAUAGAAAUUUGUUAAAUCUGAUGUAAUUAUCCCAACAUGAAAUAUAUUUUUGUAUGCCUAAAGUUUGGCGCACACAUUUAUUAUAUUUUCAGGAAAGAUGUGAAUUCCAAAGAAUGAAUAAUGAACCUAGUUUUUGUUUUUC